AUGUCAAUCAAAUAUUUGACAUCAGUUCUGCUGGUGUUGUUCGUUGUCAAUCAAUGUAUUAUUGCACACGAGAACAACCAUCAUAUUGACAAUGAAGUAGUGGAGAAGUUACAAAAGAUAUCAUCUCUUUCUGCAAAGAUCUCAUGUGAACUAUGUGAGGUUGGUGCUGUACUCUUUGAUGGUUUCCUCGAGAGAAAUGCAUCAGUUGAAGAGGUCAUCAAAACAUCAACAGAUAUAUGCUCAGCGAUGAAGAUCCAACAACCUGACGUGUGCGCUGGCAUCAUGUUUGCCUACGCACCAAUAGUUUAUCAAGUAUUGAUCGAGACUGAUUUGACACCAACAGUGAUGUGCCACAAGCUUAGAUUCUGUACUAGUACCGAGAGCAAGAUGCAACAUUAUAACGAGUUGAAUCAGGUAGCUUCAAUGGCUGCACUUCUCCAGACCAAGCCAAACUACAAGGACACAAAGUUGCAAAAGCCAAAGAUGGACACACCUUACACUGGCAUUGGCUAUAUCCUCCAGCUGACAGACAUUCACUACGACCCAUACUACCUCGAGGGCUCCGACCCACUGUGUGGCAAGCCACUCUGUUGCCGCAAUGGCACUGGUAGCGCCGGAUUCUAUGGCGACUACUCUUGCGACAUCCCCCUGCACACUGUCAAGGCGAUCUUUGAGCAGAUCCUCGAGAUUGGCAAGACCAUGCCCAUCCGCUUCGUCGUGCACACUGGUGACAACCCACCCCACGACGUCUGGAUGCAGGAUGAGGCCCGCCAGAUCUCAUCGACCGACGUGUUGGCCAGUCUGAUCAGCACUUACUUCCCCGACACAAUCGUGCUGCCCAGCGUCGGCAACCACGAGUCGUGGCCCUCCGACGAGUACAUCCUGCCCAAGAAGCAGUGGCUGCUCGACACCCUUCACUCUUGCUGGACUCCCUUCCUCGACGACGCGGAGCUCGAGUCUGUCAAGAAGGCCGGCUACUACACCACGCUGCUCCAGACUGGUCUGCGUGUCAUCUCGCUCAACACAUUCGACGCAGACAUCCUCAACUUUUACAACUUGCUCAAGCACUCCAACAUGGACAUCAAGAACAACCAAACCGAUUGGUUCAUCAACGUCCUGGAGCAGGCUGAGGCUAACAACGAGAAGGUCAUCGUCAUUGGACACAUCCCAUGCACGCUCAAGUCUGACCCCAACGACCAUUGGUGCGAGGUUUACCAGGCGAUCGUGGAGCGCUUCUCCCAGGUGAUCACUGCCCAGUUCUACGGCCACACUCACUACGACCAGCUUGUCGUCUUCUCGGACACGGCCACUCACACCAAGCCAACUGGCAUGAACUACGUGGCGCCCAGCAUGACCACCUACAUGCAUCACGAGCCCUCGUUCCGUCUGUACGAGUUUGACUUUGACACGUACGAGGUCACCAACUACUACCAGUACCACGCCAACCUGUCGCAGGCCAACGAGCCCGGCGGCAACCUGACGUUCACAGUGGCGUACAGUGCCAAGGAGUUGUUUGACAUGCCCGACCUGUCGCCACAGUCCUGGUGGAAUGUUGCCCAGGAGUUCAAGACCAAUGCCACCCUGUUUGACAACUACUACAAGCAUCUUGCCAACUCGCCAUUCAAGUCAACAUGUGAUGAUGCCUGUCGCAAGAAGUGGACAUGUGAAGUCUUUGGUGUUACCUCACAAUUGUUUGAUCAAUGUCUUGGAGUUUAA